AUUUUUAUUGAUGUGUUACAGACUGCUGUAUGCUCGGUAGGUUGAACUAAUGUACCUAAAAAGAUUGAAUACGGUAGGUACUAGUCUUUCUUGUACUAAUAAAGAUAAAUUUCAUGGAUAUCCUUUGUUGCAUUAAUACAUUUUACAUUUAAUAAUUUUCGUCACAUGCUACUAAGAGGCCAGUAUGACAAGUCGUCGAUUCAGCCAAAUUUCUCAAGAGGACAACAGUAGCAGCGAAGAAGAUACUUCAAUUAAUAAAACUGUUGAAAAUCCUAAACGCACUGUUGAAACCACAAACAGGAAGUCUGGGAACGUUGAAGAUACACCGAACGAUGAGAAAAACUCAUCAGAACCCCCUGCCUGGGAGAAGAAGGAGCUUCUAGAAAGAAGGAAUCAAUUAUAUAACCAGAUUUCUUUGUUGGAACAAGAUGUCGAACGAGUUCAUAAGCAUGCUUCGAACCCAAAUGUAGAAAAACAAGAGCACGAGAUGCUCAAGGAGCUUCUUGGGUUAUUUUUUGAAGUCCCGCAGGCUGAUGAUAAACAGUCUAGUAAGGAGAAUGAUAACUCUAUUUAUAUUCCUUCUGCUUUACCUAAUAUCAACCGUCCAGUCCGCGUACCUUUUUCAGGGCUGCGGAUUCUUGCUCAUCACUCUGUAGACGUAAGCGACACUCAGUGCUUUCACGAAUUUGAGGGAGUUUCUGAAUUUUUUCCAUCUCUCGAUUUCCACAUGAACAUCGAAGUUCGUACUACCGAUUAUGCUGUCCUUGAGUUCUUUAUUAGAGUAGCAUCGUUUGCAAGAAACGAGCUCCAGAACGUAAUAGAGAAGAGCAUAAAUGCAAGAGACAUAGUGGCAGCACUAAGAGCAGUGUCAAUGUUUGGAUACUAUCAUGCAGUUCGUGCAAACGAUUGGAUGCAUUUCAUGAACGAAUUUGAUGGUAUAGCGAGAGUCGAUCUAACCUCUACUUCUGAGUUACACGUUCAAAAUAGAUUAUACAAAAUUUCGUUACAGCAGAAUAUCUGCUUUGACGAGUUUGGAUUCGCCAAGACGGAGUAUAAUAUAUUAUUUAAACCAAAAAAAGUACCCCAAAAGAGCGCGGAGUCUAUUUCAUUACUUACAAAAAAUAUUAAAUAUCGCUUCCAUGAGUUGAUUAGCCUGUUUGGAUUUCGAAAAGGGUCCGAAACCUUACUAGAAGCAUUGUUCAGGCCAACCAACAACUAAAACAAAAGGUAUAAGAAUAGGAAAAGGGGUGGAUAAAAGUCAGAAAAAAAAGGAUUAUGAGAUACAGUGCUAAUAGAAUACAAUGUAGAUCGAGCCGCUAGGAUAUACGGUUUAAGAGCGCUUAGAAAAGUCAGAGUAUUCCACCUCAGGUUUCACGCCCCUUUCCAGCAUUUCGACAGGCUUCAUCACUUUGUUUAUUGAUUCCAAUGGAGAUCUUUCUUUUUUUACCUUUUUUGCAGGAGAUUCGGUUUUCGUGAUCUUCGUGGUAGCAGUAAGUUUUGCUUGUCCUGAAGUCCGUUUUUUGGCAACUGAAGUUGUAGUCGAGUGAACCUUUGGUUUCCACCUUGAAGCUUCCAAAGAGGGUUUCAUUAUACGAAUAGCAGUCUGACAGUCUCCCUCAAUAAUUAUAUCGCACAAGUUGGCAAAUUCCUUUGUAGGAGCAUCAUGAUUUAGCCAAAUUACUGAACCUUUUUGACGGUGUACGCUAUUGCUCAUUUCCUUUAUAAUUCUUUUAACACCGGGAAUUUUGCAGGAGGUGCCCGCAACAAUUAAACAAUCGGGCCUUGAUUUCAAGUCUUGCGAACAAACAGCUCCAAUCGCUUCUGAAUCUGGAUGCCCUUCGUUGUAGAGAACAAUUCGUGGACGUAAACAUCCUUCCAUAAUCAGUCGUUUUCCAGCUAUACGACGGACUUCAUUUUGAGUUCUGCAUUCAGGACAAGCUGUAAGACCAUCUUUCUCAAAUAAAUCAGGAUGGAAGGGUCGAACGAAGGGGCAUCUCGUACACCGUGCGACUUCUAAUGUCCCAUGGAGUGGUAUAGACGUAGGCCAAGGUGCUGAUUGAGGCAAAGGAGUGCAUGUCUGCAAACCUUCAAGCCGUGUUUCGAGAAAAUCUAUAUUCUGAGUAUAUAAACGAAGAAGUUUGGAAUCUUUGGCUAGUUUUGACAAAAAAUAAUGAAAGUCUGUGGGGACAGCAUUAUCUGAAAGUUCAUGAAGCUUUUUGAUCAUUUCAUGGAAGAUAUUUACACUUUUCAAAUCACGAUAUACCGCGCCAUCAAACAAUUCUUUUCCAGAACAAUUUAACUUAUAUUCUGACCGGAGUGAAGAAAAGAGUCCAUCAGAGGACCGAAAAUCGGGAAUUCCUGCUCCACAUGAAAUACCAGCGCCUGUAUCAAAUAUUAGAAUAAGUCUGAAAAAAUAUAUAUGAUUUGCAUUAUAAAUGCUAAAUCAAGCAGACGAAAAAUAACAUACCGGUGACGAUGACUAUUCGUUUUGCUUUUCUCAAUGCGGCAAUUGCUGGAUUAAAAUCAAUAUUAUCGUCAACAUUAUUUGAAGAAACUUGAAUUUUAAUGGGACCAUUAGAAACCUGUUCAUGGCUUUUCAAAUCCAUAGUGGAUCGCAAACUUCUUUUAUUUGACUCAUCAUCGAUGGGGAGCUGCUCAUCUUGCUUCAUAUUAUUUACCAAGAAAAAAACGAUAUUAUUCGUUUUAUUGUAAUUUUAUGAAUUACUUCCAAGAAUCGACAUUUAGGGGAAUCUCCCGAUGUUGUGAGUAGUAUGGGGUAUGUGAUGGUUAUGUGUUUUCGACAAAUUCAAGACCCUCUAACUGAGAAGUCUCUCAGAAGGAAAAGAGAUCGUCAGAAACGGCCUGUAAACAUAUAAUGUAUAAACAAAACAGAACGCAACAGUCUUUCGACGAUAAUUUACGAUGAGAAACUAGAAAAUUUAUGGAUUUAUUAUUGAAGAUAUGGCGAUCCUACAAAAAGAAGAGGAAUUAUUUAAACCAAAUAAUACUUUUAUUUUUUUAUCAGUAUGAACUAGAAGCAACAACUCUAGAUUGGAAUAAUCCUUUGAAAACCUUUGAGAUUCGAGUCUUUUUGUCGUCUACUGUCUGGAAUCAGCCAGAUAAAUCAAUCCAGAGCUAAGAGUUGAUUUUACUUCAUCUGCUACGAUCAAUAUCAGCAAGACUAGAGAUUUUUGCCAAUGUUGCUCAUACGUCGACUGGGAUUUGGGAUGAAAAGUAAAAUCAACAUAUCGGUUGAAUGGUAAGAUCGAUUAAUGUCGAUUUCAUUAGGACUUUUGCUAUGAUAGUUCUCACCAUCUUUUGGCAGCUAUAAACUUGUUUCGCGUAUUUGUUUACAUUGAAUUUUUCAGGUACCAGAAACGAAAAUAAAAUUUCGUAUGCAUAUUUAGUUACUUGACGAUUAUGAUUAUCCUGUGAAUCUCGCUAUGAUUACUAAUUAAAUUGAUACAACAUAGUGUUCAUUUGAGAGAUCAUGUUUACUUUGGGUUCACUAAAAGAUUCAGACAUAUCAAUGAGAAAAAUCGUAAAUGUGUGUUUCAAUAUUAAAUUAGAAAUCUAUAAAUACAUGACAAAACAAGUCGUUCUUAUGCAUAGUACUAGGAAAUGUACAAUGUAAAACAACCAUUAUUCAAGGAAGAAUAAACCUACAAUCCUAAAAUACUAAAAAAAAAGAAAAGAAAAA